AUGUCGGAGAGCUGGCAGCAGCCGCCGCAGACGCAGCCGCAGCAGCCGCAGCCCCCGCAGCCCCAGCACCACCCGGAGCCGCCGCCGGCCCUGGCGGAGCACUCGCUGCCGCCGGGCACGGCCGAGAACCCCCUGGGCUGCGCCGUCUAUGGCAUCCUCCUGCAGCCCGACCCGGGCCUGCAGCCCCCGCAGCACGAGCCCCUGCAGGCGGCCGGGGAGCCGGGCCCCAAGUGCGGGGUGUGCGGGCACGACCUGGCGCACCUGUCCAGCCCGCACGAGCACCAGUGCCUGGUGGGCCACGACCGCUCGUUCCAGUGCACGCAGUGCCUCAAGAUCUUCCACCAGGCCACCGACCUGCUGGAGCACCAGUGCGUGCAGGUGGAGCAGAAGCCCUUCGUCUGCGGCGUCUGCAAGAUGGGCUUCUCGCUGCUCACCUCGCUGGCCCAGCACCACAGCGCGCACAGCGGCGCGGGCGCCGGCGGCGGCCUGGUGAAGUGCUCCAUCUGCGAGAAGACCUACAAGCCGGCCGAGGCGGCGGAGCCUGCGGCCACCGGGGCGGCGGCCCCCUCGCUGCCCCCGCCGCCGCCCCCGCCGCCCGCCGUGGUCCCCGCCGCCGCCGCCCCGGAGCAGGUGGACAAGCCCUACAGCUGCCCCGUGUGCCAGAAGCCCUUCAAGCACCUGUCGGAGCUGUCGCGGCACGAGCGCAUCCACACGGGCGAGAAGCCCUACAAGUGCACGCUGUGCGACAAGAGCUUCAGCCAGUCGUCCCACCUGGUGCACCACAAGCGCACGCACAGCUCCGAGCGGCCCUACCGCUGCGCCGUGUGCGAGAAGACCUUCAAGCACCGCUCGCACCUGGUGCGCCACAUGUACGCGCACUCGGGCGAGCACCACCUGUUCCGCUGCAACGUGUGCGAGCUGCACUUCAAGGAGUCGUCCGAGCUGCUGCAGCACCCGUGCACGCCCAGCGGCGAGCGGCCCUUCCGCUGCGGCGAGUGCCAGAAGGCCUUCAAGCGGCCCUCGGACCUGCGGCAGCACGAGCGCACGCACAGCGCCGAGCGGCCCUUCAAGUGCGACCUGUGCCCCAUGGGCUUCAAGCAGCAGUACGCGCUCAUGCGGCACCGGCGCACGCACAAGGCGGCCGCCGCCGCCGCUGCCGCCGCCGCCGCCGCCGCCGCCGCCGCGGAGGAGCCCUUCAAGUGCGGCCUGUGCGACAAGGGCUUCGGCCAGCCCGGCCACCUGCUCUACCACCAGCACGUGCACACCCUGGAGACCCUCUUCAAGUGCCCCGUGUGCCAGAAGGGCUUCGACCAGUCCGCCGAGCUGCUGCGGCACAAGUGCGCCCUGCCCGGCGCCCCCGAGCGGCCCUUCAAGUGCUCCGCGUGCAGCAAGGCCUACAAGCGGGCGUCGGCCCUGCAGAAGCACCAGCUGGCCCACUGCUCGCCGGCCGAGAAGCCCCUGCGCUGCACGCUGUGCGAGCGCCGCUUCUUCUCGUCCUCCGAGUUCGUGCAGCACCGCUGCGACCCGGCCCGCGACAAGCCGCUCAAGUGCCCGGACUGCGAGAAGCGCUUCAAGUACGCGUCCGACCUGCAGCGGCACCGGCGCGUGCACACGGGCGAGAAGCCCUACAAGUGCCCCAGCUGCGACAAGGCCUUCAAGCAGCGCGAGCACCUCAACAAGCACCAGGGCGUGCACGCCCGCGAGCAGCAGUUCAAGUGCGUGUGGUGCGGGGAGCGCUUCCUGGAUGUGGCCCUGCUGCAGGAGCACAGCGCGCAGCACAGCGCCGCGGCCGCCGCCGCCGAGGGCGCCUACCAGGUGGCCGCCUGCCUGCCCUGA